GAGAACCGGGGAGGGCGCGAGGGAAGAUAUUAAUGACACGCCGCCGGGAAUGGAGACGCUCUUGUGAGGAAUAACGCGGAGGAAUAAUCGCGAUGUCCGUUUGUAGUUUCACUUUCACGCGUCACGGGUCUUGCUUUUCCUGCAGCAGCGAAGGCGCUGAAAACCGACAAAAGUCCAAAAACUAACAGCUGAUCUCUUCAUCCCCGCCUGCAACAGAGACUCAGGACUCGUCUUCACUAGAACAUGCAAUAGAGGAACCAGCUGCCCCAUCAUAUUCAUCAUCACUGUGAAGGGUAGAUUCCCUCUGACAUGGCCUCCUCCCCCAGACUGGAUGCUGACCCGUUACCGCUGCUUCAGCUACAGGAGGUGGACUCCAGCAAAUCCUCGGAGAGGCCGAGCUCCCGCGUACUCCUGCCCGCCGUGUACAGCCCUUCUCUGGGCAUGGACAGCCAAACGGUCUGCAUCCCCUCCCCGUACACGGACAAUAGCCACGAGUACAACCACGGCCACGGACCUCUAACCUUCUACAGCCCGUCUGUGCUGAGCUAUGCCAGGCCGGCCAUCACUGACAGCCCGUCAUCUCUGUGCUCCCCUCUUAGCCCAUCAGCCUUCUGGCCCUCCAAUAGCAACCCCAACAUGCCCUCUAUGACUCUGCGCUGCCCUCAGCCUCUCGUCUACAAUGAACCCAGCCCACAUGCACCCUGGCUGGAAGCCAAAACCCACAGCCUGGCCAGCAGCUCCAUCAUCAGCUGUAACAAGCCGCUGGGGAAGAGAUCCGGAGAAGGGUUGGAAGGCGUGAACUCCUCCUUGUGUUCAUCUGCAGCGGGGAAAGCCGACAUGCACUUCUGCGCCGUGUGCCACGACUACGCCUCGGGGUACCACUACGGAGUGUGGUCCUGUGAGGGCUGCAAGGCUUUUUUCAAGAGGAGCAUCCAAGGACACAAUGACUACAUCUGCCCCGCCACAAAUCAAUGCACUAUCGACAAGAACCGACGUAAAAGCUGCCAGGCCUGCCGCCUCCGUAAAUGCUACGAAGUGGGCAUGAUGAAGUGCGGUGUAAGGCGUGAACGCUGCAGCUAUCGAGGAGCCCGACACCGCCGCGGUGGACUCCAGCCUCGGGAUCACUCAGGCAGGGGUUUGGUCCGGGUGGGGCUGGGUUCUCGGGCCCAGCGGCACCUCCACCUAGAGGCACCUCUCGCCCCGCUCGCCCCGCUCCCUCAGGCGAACCAUGCGCACCACUCGGCCAUGAGCCCAGAGGAGUUCAUCUCCCGCAUCAUGGAGGCGGAGCCUCCGGAGAUCUACCUCAUGGAGGACCUGAAGAAGCCCUUCACCCAGGCCAGCAUGAUGAUGUCCCUCACCAACCUGGCAGACAAAGAACUGGUGCUCAUGAUCAGCUGGGCUAAAAAGAUCCCGGGCUUUGUAGAGCUGAGUCUAGCUGACCAGAUCCACCUGCUGAAGUGCUGCUGGCUGGAGAUCCUGAUGUUGGGCCUGAUCUGGAGGUCGGUGGAUCAUCCCGGGAAACUCAUCUUCUCUCCGGACUUCAAACUCAACAGGGAGGAGGGACAGUGUGUGGAGGGCAUCAUGGAGAUUUUCGACAUGCUGCUGGCCGCCACCUCCCGGUUUCGUGAGCUGAAGCUUCAGAGGGAGGAGUACGUCUGUCUGAAGGCCAUGAUCCUCCUCAACUCCAAUCUGUGUACGAGCUCCCCUCAGACGGCUGAGGAGCUGGAGAGCAGGAACAAGCUGCUGCGUCUGCUGGACUCGGUGAUCGAUGCUCUGGUCUGGGCCAUUUCCAAACUGGGCUUGUCGACCCAGCAGCAGACGCUUCGCCUGGGACACCUCACCAUGCUGCUCUCCCACAUCCGCCACGUCAGUAACAAAGGCAUGGACCACCUGUCCACCAUGAAGAGGAAGAACGUGGUGCUGGUGUACGACCUCCUGCUGGAGAUGCUGGACGCCAACACCACCAGCAGCGGCAGUCAACCGUCGUCCUCGCCGAGCUCCGACACUUACUCUGACCAGAACCAGUACGCCCAACCCCCGUCUCACCAGCAGCCGGACGCUGACGGUCCACAUGGACCUCUUGAGGAGCCGGUCCUGGACGGACACCUGCAGGCUCUGCCCGUCCAGUCCUCACCUCCGUUUCAGAGUUCAGGGGUGUCUCACAUGGACAGCAAUGACUACAUCCACCCAGAGCCGUGGUCACUGCACGCAGGAGACGACUGUCCGUCGGUGGAACCGACGGAUUACAUCAUCGCCAAUCGUGGCGUCAUGGAAACGGCCUUAGAGGGGUGACGUGACUGAAAGGGACGAACUGAGACUGAACCUUUCAAAGGCUUUCAUCCCCCCAAAGAUCCAGAGACGGAAACGACAAAAAAGGAUUAAAAAACAAACAGAAAGAGCUGUUCGGAGGUAUUUCUUCCCUCUACUGUUAUUAAGAUGUUUUUAGUCUUUGAAGAAGAAAAAAAAAAUGUUUUUCAUCGAAUGUAUAUUUUGUGUGCGUAAAUAUUUCUUGUGAACGUGCACUACAGCCGGUGUUCAUGGGAACAUCACUGAACCUCUGCCAGUCAGUUUGAGCUCCUUUUUGAUAUACAGUAUUUGUAUCUUUCUUUUUUCACCUCGGUGUAACAUCCGGAACAAGCCGCCUACAGUCUGCAGUGACUUACAGAAAGGUGCAUGUGGUCAACACAGUUCACGCCUAUUUCCAUAACGGUUGUUAGUCGUAUAGCUCAAAAAAAAAAGAAAAAAAGAAAAGGGCAGUGCUUUCUCUCCCACUGGUGUUUUUCUCCUUCACUUCUACCGUGUACUUUGGUAUUUUAAUCGGUGCCUGUUCAUCCAGGUUUUUUUCUACUCUCUUUGUACAAAACUACAAGUUUCAGUGGAGUCAAGAAGCAGCAGUUUGUGGCCUUUUAACAAGAUGACUGUUAACGCGAGCUGUCUUCUCGGUUCAUCUGAUUAAACUAAGGCUGUAUUUACACAAUACGAUGUGGGGCACAGACCUGUUCCCAAAACCUGGUAUCGGCUCAAAGAAAAUGAUUUAACUCGAUACACUUGAGUUACGUAACGGGCUAAACUCUUAAAGGGUUAUUAAAAGUUAUGUAAAUAUAUAUAAAAUUGCUAACUGUACAUAUAUUCCUAACAUGCUAAACAUUACUUUCUAAUUGUAUAGAAAGGCCAAGUCCCUCCCCUUCCAGUGGGACCUUAUUUUGGAAAGAAUAUGUACGGUAUUCAACGGUGAGAGAUAAUAACUUCUUUCAUCCUUUUUGUCAAUUUAAAAGAUCAUUUUGCAAGUCAAAACAGUUGCAGUAAGCUAUUCUCAUUAUGAAUACAUUUGAAGUUUACAUUGAAGUUCAUUUUUGUCUUUGGAGUGCGUUCCAGCUCAGAAAAACUUCUUCACUUCAAGACUUAAGCUAACGUACCAAAUAUUAGCAUAUUACCAUUCUAACUGUAUAUGCUAACAUGCUAAACAUUAGUAUGUUAAC